GCCCAGUGUUGAAAGGCAUCGGCGACACGAGCUCUCCUGUGACGACGGCGGCGGCGGCGGCAUCUUGAUCCACAUGUCGACGUUAACGUCUACCCAAAUGAAUGUACGGCGAAGCUCGACGAGAGUGCAUGGCCCCCCCGGCGGUGCUUCCCAGCUCACGUUUGGACCUGGAGGUUUCGGCACCAGCGCUCCGGAAUCCGACCCGGAACUUCGCGAUUCCGCGCCCCAGCUGCGGGCGGACUUUCUGCCACAGAAACCAACGCACGGCUCAAGCGCCCAACGGGGGUCCAUGCCGUGCCCCAGCAAUAACCAGCAGCAGCCUCCCCCGUUCCAACGGCCACCACCUACGGGAUAUGCGCAACCUCCACCAACGGGGUUCGCCCAGCCUCCGCAGACAGCGUACGGUGUCGGUCCGCCGCCGACCUCAAAUGGCCACUCCAUUGGCCGUGGCUACCCACACAUCCAACCAAACCAGUUCAACACGGACCCAAGACCAGUGACGACUGGGUCGUCUGGAUGGGGCGCGAAUUCACAGCCGCCGCUAACAUCGUCCAAGCGUGAUCAAAAUUGGGAGAAGAAGAGGCGUCAGUGGCUAGCCCGGAAAAACGGAGGUGGUAGGUCGUCUGGCGGCUAUGCUAGCGGCGGUGGCUCGAGUUACGCGCCAAGUACCGCGGGCGGCUACGACAAUCCACCAUCCCCUCUGUCGAAACUGAUGCACCAUGUCAGCAUUGGAGGGCACGACGCCUCGUUUCAGAUGCCGCCACGAACGCCCCAAUCGUUCCAGCAACCUCCCCCUCGCACAGCCUUGUAUCCUGAUCCGGCCACGUCAUAUGGGCACCAGGGAGGAUUCAACCUCCAACAGCCUUUGCCCCCUCCAACACAGCAAGGUGCCUACCCCCAAAUGGACCCCCCCCGCACGUCUUACGUCCAAGACAACUACCGGGGAGUUCCCCCACCUGGGACGGGCUGCCCUCCAAGUCGACAAGGCACCGCGACCGCUGGGAGCUUCCACGAGAAUUUCGGGGGGCCGAGGGCGACUAGCGUCCUGCAACACUCGGGCGCGGCACAAUUUGGCAACAACUCGUUCAACAGCCGGCAUAUGGCGAAUGGCAGUGUUCCAAGCACCGCUGCAUCAGGUCGAUCCGUUCGACAAGCUCCUGGAGGGACGUCCAACUGGUCGCCGUACGGUUAAGUCGGCUCGCUCCAUUCCAAAGAUCCACGUUGAAUCACACUCCUUCAUGUCGUA